AUGAAGUUUCCAAUCAGUCUCGCGACACUUGCAACUAGCACUGUAGCACUAGCCUACUGUGUACCGCCCUUAACGCUACCAACGACACCUGAAGGACAAGAGAUAUUCUCAAAUGAUCUUAAAAUUCCGGGCCCAAACUAUAUGCAAUACUGUUCAAGCGAGUUUAAAGAAGGUCCUAUUCUUCUCACCGACGUCAUGAUAAACCCAAGUAUACCAUUGCUCACCCAAAUGAAUUAUGUUGACAUGUCUGGUUUUCUCGGUGUUCCUCUGAGCCACGGGGCUAAAUUUCGGAUUUAUGACAUACUCACUGGACGAGAUCUCUCGGAAUCAGUUGACCUUUUCAAGUAUAUGAACAGUAUCGGGGUUGAAGUCCCUACCAAAGUUGGACAUUUUCAUCUCAGCUUUCCUUUUAAACCUCAAUUUCCCAAAUAUUAUUCCUUUCAGAUUGGUAUCGAGUUAUAUAACUCGGAAGGAACUAAGCUUCUAUGUGUUCAGACCCCCGUCCAGUUCGUUUAA